CUUUUUAUGAAACAGUGCAAUGGAAAGACGAAAAAGAGAACCAUGCAGACGGGAGCAUAGAUUUUGACGUUCUAGAAUGGUUCGUUGGCGUUAACCAUGUUUUCAAGUUUCUUUUGCAGCCUUUUCUUCCUAAAGACGACGAAAACACGGAAGUGUUGACAAACCAGGACAUACAUUCAAAAUCAACUGUCAAUUGAAAGGCAGCGCGCAGUCGUAACUGAUUCGGAAGAUUGCCCCCGCAGUCAUGGAGGAACAGGCAGCCUCUCCUACAGCCAAUGCUGACAGUAACAACCAAAGAAAUGGAGAUGAGAAGCCCAGGCGUGGCAACUGGACCAAGGGGAGAAAGAGGAAGAAGCCAAUGAAGGACAGCAAUGCACCCAAGGCCCCGUUAACCGGCUAUGUACGUUUCAUGAAUGACAGACGGGAGCAGCUGCGGGCAGAGCGUCCAGAUGUGCCUUUUCCAGAGAUUACAAGGAUGCUGGGCAACGAGUGGAGCAAGUUGCCUCCUGAAGAGAAGCAGCGAUACCUGGAUGAGGCAGAGCGAGAUAAGGAGCGCUACAUGCGGGAACUGGAAAAGUACCAGAAGACUGAGGCCUACAAGCACUUCACCAGGAAGGUGCAGGAGAAGCAGAAGGGCAAGAGGCAUCGUGGAGAUGUUGGGCACCAGGUCGCUAACGAGGCUCUUCAUGAGAAGGACGCAGAGGGGAAAGACAGGACUGUGUUUGACAUACCCAUAUUCACAGAGGAGUUUCUCAACCACAGCAAAGCACGUGAAGCUGAGAUGCGGCAGCUGCGCAAGACCAACAUGGAGUACGAAGAGCGUAACGCUGCUCUGCAGAAGCACGUGGAGAGCAUGCGCGGUGCAGUGGAAAGGCUGGAAGGGGACGUGAUGCAGGAGAGGGGACGCAACGGUCUCCUCCACCAACAUCUUGAGACCCUGCGUCAGGCUCUGGCCUCCAGUUUCUCUUCCGUACCUCUGCCAGGAAGUGGUGAAACCCCCACUCUUGAAACCAUCGAUUCCUACAUGAAGAAGCUCCACAGCAUCAUCGUCAGUAGCCCCCAAGAGCACGAGAGUCUCAUCAGCACCGUUAGGGAAGUUGUCACCCACCUAGACAGGUAGGAGUGCCUUUGUUGUCAUGACAACAGUACCUGGCACUAAUCACAAGAGAACAGCACUUAGGACGGUACUGGAGAUUCUCUUUCCUCAACUCUCAAAGAUUAUCAAUGUGUCUAAUUGACAAACCAAUUUUCACCGCAAGUGAGAGUUACUGGGUUUUCAUCAUGUUCCCUUCGUUGCACCAGUCUAGUCAUUAUAAGCCUCUCUGUUCUCGUCUUUUGUCUCAGAUAAUUGGACCAACCUGAUGGGACGUCUGGAGAGUCAGUGGCAUUAACAGAUGUUUGUUUUUUUUCUUUCCUGGUUGAUGUAUUUCUCUUCUUCCACAUCUGUCCUUUCUACUUUACAAAGUCUUUCCUUAGAUUUCUUAAGUGAUGUAAUGUUUCAUAUUUAUUUAUUGUCUGUUUAUACAUUUUACAUAUUUCCAUGUUAUUAAUUAAUUUCUUUUUUAUAUACAGUAUAUACAAAUAUAGAUGAAAAGUUCUGUUCAACAGUUCUGUUCUGUCGUUCUUGCUCCUGUUCUGUCAUCCCUGUUCAUUAUAGCAUAUACAGUACGUCCAACAGUAUCCACACUAUUGUUACACUGUUUGUGUGUGAUUUAAGAAAAUGUUUGUGUUAAUUUUGUCUCAGAAAUGUAUGAAGAUGUUCUUUAUAAUGCUACGGAGGAGGAGCAUGUGCCAUUAAUUUUUUUUCCUUCUCUGUAAAAAUGUGUUUUGGUAUUUUUAAUAAACGUGUUUACAUCACA